AUGCUUGACGCUGAAGAGGACGAUGGCGAUGAGGAAACUGCUGUUCUCGACACAAGGCUCAGGACGAGGAAGAUAAAGCCUUUGCGGCUCAACCCGCUGCCCGCAGCGCAAGAAUCCGACUCAGAUGCAGGUGAGAGCGCGGGGUAUGCAGACCUUCUGCAAGCACCCGGGCGUUCACCCAAAGCAGUGCCGCAGGCAUUGCGUACUAUGAACUUGGAGGACCUUUCUGACGACGACGACGACGACGCCUAUCCUGUCUUCAGCAAGCAAGAGAUCCUGGAUAUCAAAAAGCUCCGCGCGGAGCGCCAACAAGAAGCUGCUGCAGGCAGCGCAGUAGACCAGCAAUUCAGUGAGAAGUCCUACGUCCGCAUGCUCGACCGCGAGGACAAGGAGGACCUGCAGGAGCUGCUCGGCCGUCCGCUUCAUAAGGGGCUAUCUGAAGAUGAGGGGCCGCAGGAGGCUGAGCCCGAGAUGAUCAGCGAUGGCCGGCUCGCGCUUUCCAAGAGUGAACUAAGCGCUGAAGCCCUGCGACGCAAGAUUAGUAUCGAAGAUGCUCUCAAUGCCGACCUCGGGGGAGGCGUCUGGGAGAGCACCCAGUUAAACAAGCACUCGCGCACUGCAGAAACAAGGUUCUACAAACCUAUUCUGUCGUCCGCUGUUUCCAAGUACGAUGAUCUCAGUUCUGCGCAACUCGCAGUAAACCUGCUGGGCGAUGGUAAGACAAGCCAAAAAAUGUCUCUUCUACAUAAGCAGCUGGCGAUGGUGCACAGCGAAAUUUCAGCUUUAACAGAGCGUCAAAAUAAACUUUUGGAGGAAGCUCGGUCCCUUCUCUAA